UGGCGUUUCGAGUCGUAACCUGAAGUGAACUAGCCAUGGCGAGUGAAGAGAAGCAAGUUGUUCAGCCAACAGGUGAUGAUGGAGGAGGAGUGGGAAAAGAAGGAAAUGCUGCCGAAGGGGGAAGUGUGCUGCAGCCUUUGAAUCCAGGAGUCCCCAUCCGAGGCAUCAAGAUGAAAUUUGCUGUGCUGACAGGACUGGUGGAAGUUGGUGAAGUGUCCAACGGAGACAUAGUUGAAACUGUGUUUAAUCUGCUUGUUGGAGGCCAGUUUGACUUGGAAAUGAACUUUAUCAUCCAAGAAGGAGAGGGCAUCACCUGCAUGGUAGACUUGCUGGACAAGUGUGACAUCACCUGCCAGGCUGAGGUGUGGAGCAUGUUUACAGCAAUCUUGAAGAAAAGUAUACGCAAUCUACAAGCAUGCACAGAAGUGGGACUUGUUGAACAAGUGCUCAAGAGGAUUGAUAGAGCUGACAACAUGAUUGCAGAUCUCUUAGUGGAUAUGCUGGGUGUACUGGCUAGCUAUAACUUGACAGUUCGAGAGCUAAAGUUAUUCUUCAGCAAGCUUCAAGGAGAAAAAGGGAGAUGGCCACCACAUGCUGGGAAGUUAUUGUCUGUGUUAAAACACAUGCCUCAGAGGUAUGGACCUGAUGCCUUCUUCAACUUUCCAGGAAAAAGUGCUGCAGCUAUUGCCUUACCUCCUAUAGCCAAGUGGCCGUACCAAAAUGGGUUUACUUUCCACACUUGGCUAAGAAUGGAUCCUGUAAAUAAUAUCAAUGUGGAUAAGGAUAAGCCUUACUUAUAUUGUUUUCGAACAAACAAAGGACUUGGUUAUUCUGCUCACUUUGUUGGCGGCUGCUUGAUUGUAACAUCCAUAAAAUCAAAGGGAAAAGGUUUCCAGCAUUGUGUAAAAUUUGAUUUCAAGCCACAAAAGUGGUAUAUGGUUACUAUAGUGCACAUCUAUAACCGCUGGAAGAAUAGUGAACUUCGAUGUUAUGUGAAUGGCGAACUGGCAUCUUAUGGAGAAAUAACGUGGUUUGUCAACACCAGUGAUACAUUUGACAAAUGUUUCCUGGGUUCUUCAGAAACAGCAGAUGCCAAUCGAGUGUUUUGUGGGCAAAUGACAUCCGUUUACCUUUUUAGUGAGGCUCUCAAUGCUGCUCAGAUCUUUGCCAUUUAUCAGCUUGGUCUGGGAUAUAAGGGAACAUUCAAAUUCAAGGCAGAAAGCGAUCUCUUCCUUGCUGAACAUCACAAAUUGUUGCUAUAUGAUGGCAAACUAUCCAGUGCUAUUGCUUUUAUGUACAAUCCAAGGGCUACAGAUGCACAGCUGUGUCUAGAGUCAUCCCCUAAGGAUAACCCUUCUAUUUUUGUUCAUUCACCACAUGCCCUCAUGCUGCAGGAUGUGAAAGCAGUCUUAACGCAUUCUAUCCAAAGUGCCCUGCACUCCAUUGGAGGGGUGCAGGUACUUUUCCCUCUCUUUGCACAGUUAGACUAUAGGCAAUAUUCGUCGGACCACGUUGACACAACUGUUUGUUCUACUUUAUUGGCUUUCAUCAUGGAGUUGUUGAAGAACUCCAUUGCUAUGCAAGAACAGAUGCUCUCCUGUAAGGGCUUCCUUGUGAUAGGAUAUAGCCUAGAAAAGUCUUCCAAAGCCCAUGUUACCCGAGCUGUACUAGAACUUUGCCUUGCCUUUUCGAAAUAUCUGAGCAACUUACACAAUGGGGUGCCCUUGCUGAAGCAGCUGUGUGAUCAUGUUCUCCUUAAUCCUGCAAUAUGGAUUCAUAUCCCAGCACAGGUUCAGCUGAUCCUGUACACUUACCUGUCUACUGAGUUCAUUGGCACUGUUAACAUAUAUGGUGCAAUCCGACGGGUUGGGACAGUUCUUUUGGUCAUGCAUACUCUAAAGUAUUAUUACUGGGUAGUGAAUCCUCAGGAUCGCAGUGGUAUAACUCCCAAGGGCAUAGAUGGGCCACGGCCUACUCAAAAAGAGGUUUUAUCUCUGCGAGCAUUCUUGUUGAUGUUCAUUAAACAGCUAGUGAUGAAGGACUAUGGAAUAAAAGAAGAUGAAUUGCAGGCUAUCCUCAAUUAUCUGCUCACUAUACAUGAGGAUGACAAUCUAAUGGAUGUCUUGCAGUUGCUUGUUGCUCUGAUGUCAGAGCAUCCCAGUUCUAUGAUCCCUGCUUUUGAUCAGAGGAAUGGAUUACAGGUUGUCUACAAGCUUUUAGCAUCACAAAGUGAAGGCAUCAGGGUGCAAGCUCUAAAAGUGAUGGGGUAUUUCUUAAAGCAUCUCGCUCCAAAGAGAAAAGCUGAAGUCAUGCUUGGACAUGGAUUGUUCUCUUUGUUGGCUGAAAGGCUGAUGCUUCAGACAAGCUUAAUCACCAUGACCACAUAUAAUGUCCUAUUUGAGAUUCUGACUGAACAGAUUUGCACUCAAGUGAUACAUAAACAACGUCCUGACCCAGAUUCAACAGUGAAGAUACAAAAUCCUCAGAUUUUGAAGGUUAUUGCAAUCCUGCUGCGUAAUUCUCCACAGUGUCCAGAAACUCUGGAGGUUCGGCGAGCCUUUCUCUCAGAUAUGAUUAAACUUUUUAAUAACAGCAGAGAAAAUAGGAGGAGUUUGUUGCAGUGCUCCGUCUGGCAGGAGUGGAUGCUUUCCCUUUGCUGUUUUAAUCCGAAGACUUCUGAGGAACAGAAGAUAACUGAGAUGGUGUAUACCAUAUUCCGAAUUUUGCUCUACCAUGCAAUCAAAUAUGAGUGGGGUGGCUGGCGUGUUUGGGUGGAUACACUGUCGAUCACACAUUCAAAGGUAACUUUUGAAAUGCACAAAGAGAGUCUUUCUCAAAUGUACAGGGAGUACCAAGGGAAAGGAGGUGAAGGGAGUGGAAUACGGGCUUCAGCUCCAAUUAGAACAAUCUCUGGAGUUAGCAAAGAAGCUGAAAUCAAGAGAAAGCAACAAUGUUUGGAGUUAAAAGAAGAUGCUACUGCUCCUUCCUGCGUUAUUGAUGAUAUUGAGUGCAGUACUGAAAAAAAAGAGACAAAUACCUCAUCGGAUGGUGACCAACAAACUCAUUCAGUGUCUAAUCAUAGGGAGGAGUUAGAGGGGGAAGACGGGGAGACUACACAGGAUUUAAAAGCAGUGCCUUGUGCAGAAUUUUCUCCAGAACCGGAAACAAUAAAGACCAGUGUUUCAGAAAUUAGUACUGGAAUAGCUGAAGCAAUUGAAGAUUCUUUGAGCAAAGCUGAUGAGCUUGAGGAAGAAACAGUAGCUGUCACUGCUGCUUCUUUAGCAAUGCAAACUACUUUGGAACGAGAAACUCCUGAAAGUCCAGAAAGACUGGAAAAAUCAACAGUAGAUAUGGAAGAUGAGGAUGACUUUGUUGAUUUAAAAGAGGAAAGUAGUAUGCCUUUACCUUCAGAAGAGUAUGCAGAAUUGAACAAGGAACGUAGCUCUAAUGAAAACAAAGUGACAAAGCAGGAAAAAGCAAUAGAGAAGCAACGUGAAUCUGUGCUUUUAAAAUCUGAAGAUACUGAAGGUGUGGAUGAGAAAAAACAAGAACUGACUUCUUUAGCAGAGACAAGAUACCUGCUAAUGGAUGCUCUUCAUUCUGCACCAUUCUUCCUUAAAGGAGGAAAACCACUGUCUACAGCAACAUAUACUCCCCCUGUGCCCUCAAGGCAGCAAGAUUCUUCAGGACAAGAGCUAGCUGCUUCAUCAGAUGGGCAGAGAAGAGACUCUAGGUCAACUGUGUUCCGUAUUCCUGAGUUUAAGUGGUCACUGAUGCAUCAACGCUUGCUCACAGACUUACUCUUUUCCAUAGAAACAGAUAUACAGAUGUGGAGAAGCCAUUCUACAAAAACUGUGAUGGACUUUGUGAAUAGCAGUGACAAUGUCAUAUUUGUGCACAACACAAUUCAUCUCAUCUCUCAAGUGAUGGACAACAUGAUCAUGGCUUGUGGUGGUAUAUUGCCAUUGCUUUCUGCUGCUACGUCUGCUACUCAUGAAUUGGAGAAUAUUGAGCCAACUCAAGGACUUUCAGUAGAAGCAUCUUUAACGUUCCUCCAGAGAUUAAUCAGCCUUGUGGAUGUGCUAAUUUUUGCAAGCUCUCUUGGUUUCACUGAAAUUGAGUCUGAGAAAAAUAUGUCAUCUGGAGGAAUUCUGCGACAAUGUCUUCGUCUGGUAUGUGCGGUAGCAGUAAGAAAUUGCUUGGAGUGUCAGCAGCAUGCACGGAUGAAGCCUAUUGGAGACAUUGUGAAGAACCAAAAAACAGUGCAGGGCUUUACAGGAACAGGAAAGUCUGCAGCAAAGAGUCCAGUGGACAUUGUGACUGGUGGCAUUUCUCCAAUACGAGACCAUGACAGACUUCUGCAGGAUAUGGAUAUUAAUCGACUUCGAGCAGUAGUGUUCAGAGAUAUAGAGGACAGUAAACAGGCUCAGUUUUUGGCUUUGGCUGUUGUGUAUUUUAUAUCUGUGCUCAUGGUUUCAAAAUACAGAGAUAUACUGGAACCCCAGAAUGAAAGACGACCACCAAACCACAGUCAGUCAUUCAAGGAAUCAGAGAAUGAAAAUAAUGAAACUCCUGCUACAGAUCUGGAAAACCCAUCUGCUGCUGUUGGUCCUUCAGCCUCCACUGAAGAUUCAGAAAGUACAGUAUCUGUACAAAGAAGGGAUUCUGGUCUCGGGGAGGAACCAGCUUCAGGGCAAACAAACAGUUCUGGUAGUGUUACUGAAGCAGGACCUCUGAAUGUCAGUGCAGGUCCAGAUGCAAUCAGUGAAGUACUAUGCACGCUCUCAUUAGAAGUAAAUAAGUCUCAGGAGGGCAGAAGUGAGACAGGAACAGAGGAUAGUAAGCCUGCAGCUUCUGUGCCACCUGCAAAAAAUGUCAACGUAAAGGACAUCCUGAGAAGCUUGGUAAGCACACCAGCUGAUGGGACUGCAGUGGAUACUGCUCUUCUGCCACCAACCUUCCUUGGAGUUCUUGGCGAUGGAGCUGCUGAGCAGCCUGUACAGUUCCAUUCCUUUGACAGGAGUGUUGUUGUACCACCAAAGAAAUCAACCAUUUCCACUUCUACAGCUGCUAUGGGUAUUCCUGCAAAUGCUGUCAGUGUGGUUUCUUCUUUAGAUUCAGCGCAAGCCCCAGAUUUGUCAGGAGAAUCUCCUGGAAGGGGAUCAUCUAAUUCAAGAUUGCCAUCUGUCCCUACAGUUUCUUCAGUGCCUGAGGAUUCUGCUUCAAAUAUGAGUAUUACAGACAGGCUUGAACAUGCUUUGGAAAAAGCUGCCCCACUUCUGAGAGAGAUUUUUGUGGAUUUUGCUCCCUUUCUUUCUCGGACUCUUUUGGGCAGCCAUGGGCAGGAAUUGCUGAUAGAAGGUCUUGUGUGCAUGAAAUCUAGCAGUUCAGUUGUGGAGCUGGUGAUGCUUCUUUGCUCUCAGGAGUGGCAGAACUCUAUACAAAAGAAUGCUGGCCUUGCCUUUAUUGAGCUUGUCAAUGAAGGAAGGUUGCUGAGUCAAACCAUGAAGGACCAUUUGGUAAGAGUGGCAAAUGAAGCAGAAUUUAUCUUGAGUAGACAGAGAGCAGAGGAUAUUAACCGCCAUGCUGAAUUUGAGUCACUGUGUGCCCAGUAUUCUGCAGACAAACGGGAAGAAGAAAAAAUGUGUCAUCAUUUGAUAAUGGCAGCUAAGUACCGAGACCAGGUGACUGCAACUCAACUAAUACAGAAAAUUAUCAACAUUCUGACAGACAAGCAUGGAGCCUGGGGAAGCUCUGCACCAAGUCGUCCUCGUGAGUUCUGGCGCCUUGACUACUGGGAAGAUGACUUGCGGCGCCGGCGACGAUUUGUGCGUAACCCCCUUGGAUCGACACAUCCUGAAGCGACACUAAAAGCAGCCGGAGAACAUGCUCCUGAUGAGGAUAUACUUGUUAAAGGAAAGCAGUCCAUCAAGAGUCAAGUUUUAGGAAAUCAGAACUCAGAAAGUGAGAUUCUCUUGGAAGGCGACGACGAUAUCAUGUCAUUCAUGGAGGAAAGAGAAGUGGAGAACUUAACGGGUCCAGUUGCCCUAAGCACACCAGCUCAGCUUGUGGCACCCUCAGUAGUAGUGAAAGGCACUCUUUCCAUCACUCUUUCUGAGCUCUACUUUGAGGUGGAUGAAGAAGAUCCCAGUUUUAAGAAAAUCGACCCGAAGAUUCUGGCAUAUACAGAAGGACUCCAUGGAAAAUGGCUCUUUUCAGAGAUUCGAGCUAUCUUUUCCCGACGUUACCUUUUGCAAAAUACAGCACUGGAGAUAUUCAUGGCAAAUAGAGUGGGUGUCAUGUUCAACUUUCCCGACCAAGCAACAGUAAAGAAAGUGGUUAACUGUCUACCUCGUGUUGGUGUUGGUACUAUCUUUGGACUACCCCAGACCAGACGUAUUUCUUUGGCUAGUCCACGACAGAUUUUCAAAGCUUCCAAUAUGACCCAGCGAUGGCAACACCGAGAAAUUUCCAACUUUGAAUAUCUGAUGUUUCUAAACACUAUAGCAGGUCGAACUUACAAUGAUUUAAAUCAGUACCCUGUCUUCCCGUGGGUUAUCACCAACUAUGAAUCAGAGGAGUUGGACCUUACACUUCCUAGCAACUUUAGGGAUUUGUCAAAGCCUAUUGGAGCUUUGAACCCAAAGAGAGCAGCGUUCUUUGCUGAGAGAUAUGAAUCAUGGGAAGAUGAUCAGGUUCCAAAAUUUCACUAUGGCACACAUUAUUCAACUGCAAGUUUCGCACUCACAUGGUUAUUAAGAAUUGAGCCCUUUACAACACUUUUCCUAAAUCUACAAGGUGGGAAGUUUGAUCAUGCAGAUAGAACUUUUUCAUCUAUUUCAAGAGCAUGGCGCAAUAGUCAGCGUGACACCUCUGAUAUCAAGGAAUUGAUUCCUGAAUUCUAUUACCUCCCAGAGAUAUUUGUCAACAGCAACAAUUACAAUCUGGGAGUGAUGGAUGAUGGAACAGUUGUGUCUGAUGUUGAACUUCCACCAUGGGCCAAAACCCCAGAAGAAUUUGUUCGCAUAAACCGACUGGCAUUAGAAAGUGAGUUUGUUUCCUGCCAGCUUCACCAGUGGAUUGAUCUGAUUUUUGGCUACAAGCAGCAAGGGCCGGAGGCUGUUAGGUCCCUGAAUGUAUUCUACUAUUUGACUUAUGAAGGAGCUGUUAAUUUAAGUUCAAUAACGGAUCCCGUAUUGAGAGAGGCUGUUGAAGCUCAAAUACGAAGUUUUGGACAGACCCCUUCCCAACUGCUCAUAGAACCACAUCCUCCAAGAAGUUCUGCCAUGCAGGUGUAUCUCCUCCUGCAGAGUCCGUUGAUGUUCACAGACCAAGCUCAACAGGACGUUAUCAUGGUUCUAAAGUUCCCAUCUAACUCCCCUGUCACUCAUGUAGCAGCCAACACCCAGCCUGGUCUGGCCACUCCUGCUGUGAUCACAGUUACUGCAAAUAGGCUAUUUGCUGUAAACAAGUGGCACAAUCUUCCUGGUGCUGUACAAGACCAGCCUUACCAGCUGCCAGUGGAAAUCGAUCCUCUCAUAGCCAGCAAUACAGGUAUGCACAGAAGGCAAAUCACUGACCUUUUAGACCAAAGCAUUCAGGUACAUUCCCAGUGUUUUGUCAUCACCUCUGAUAAUCGUUACAUCUUGGUCUGUGGCUUCUGGGACAAGAGUUUCCGAGUUUAUUCUACCGACUCAGGUAAACUGAUACAAGUAAUAUUUGGACACUGGGAUGUAGUAACCUGCCUUGCUCGUUCUGAGUCCUAUAUUGGAGGAAAUUGUUACAUUCUCUCAGGAUCGCGUGAUGCAACAUUGCUGCUCUGGUACUGGAAUGGCAAAACCAAUAUCAUUGGUGAUAACCCAAGAGCCAGUGAUUUUGCAACUCCUCGAGCUAUUUUGACAGGACAUGACUAUGAGAUCACCUGUGCUACCAUUUGUGCUGAACUUGGCCUGGUAAUAAGUGGUUCAAAAGAAGGACCGUGUCUCAUACAUUCUAUGAAUGGAGAUCUACUGAGGACAUUGGAAGGUCCUGAAACAGGUCCUGAAAACUGCCUGAGACCAAAACUUAUUCAAGCUUCAAGGGAAGGCCAUUGUGUCAUAUAUUAUGAAAAUGGCCUCUUCUGUGUAUUCAGUGUGAAUGGGAGACUUCAAGCCACUAUGGAAACAGAUGACAAGAUAAAGGCAAUUCAGCUGAGUCGAGAUGGACAGUAUCUGCUUACAGGUGGAGACAAUGGAGUUGUCAUGGUAUGGCAGGUGUGGGACCUCAAGCAGCUUUUUGCUUACCCAGGGUGUGAUGCUGGAAUCCGAUCCAUGGCCCUGUCUUAUGACCAAAGGUGUAUAAUGACUGGCAUGGCAUCUGGGAGCAUAGUGGUUUUCUACAAUGAUUUCAAUCGUUGGCACCACGAGUAUCAGACCAGAUACUGAUCUUCAUAGAGACCAAGAUUAGCACUGAUGUGCGCAGCUGUUGUCAGAAGGAAACUGAACACAGCACGCCUCCCUUGGUGUCUUGCCACAACGUUGUUCCUUAUAAAUAGCUAUAUUACAUCUGAAUGUAACUUAAAUUUGCUGGAAGAAGCAACCUAUUUUUUAAAGUUAAUUGCUAUUUUUGUAGACCUUGCUUGACUUUUUUGGGGGAAGGGCAAAGAAGCAGAAAAAUGGCUGCUGGGUUCUGUAGUUAAAAAUCUAUAUUUUUAGUCAUAAUGAGAAGUCUAUUUUGAUCCCUGUAUGUAAAAGAAACCUAAAGUAAAGAUGGUUAAAACUCACAUUCUAGCUAUAUUAUGAAGAAACGGAUUUUCCAUCUGAAGCUUUAUCUAUAACCUUGAGGAAUAUAUGAUUUUAACAUAAUGGAAAUGAAUUACGAUGUUUGGGGAAUUUUAAUCUGUGCUAUCUGUACCACACUUUGUCUCGUACUUUUCCAAAUGAUUGUACUGCAUCAGCACUGAAGUUUCUGGGAAUCAGUGGUAAUAUUUAAAUUAUGGUUAAUGUAAUUUUAAACUUUGCAAAUCGUUUCCAUCAAUGUUACUAUUCAAGCAUGUUUCUAGGCUUAGACAAUUAGUUCUUUUUUAGUUGUAUGUUUUGUGCAGUUAAGAGAGAGAAAUUGGGAAUGGAUUUUAUGUUACAUCAAGUGUGAAUCCUAGUUUCUACCUGGCAUCUCCUCCAAAGCACACCAAAAUGUGGAUUGUUCCUCAAAAUCAGAAAGGCUAUUUUGAAGACUUUAAACUCAAAUUAGAAACCCACAGUGGUAGGUAUUUUUUAAUAGGUGCAAGUACCAAAGCACACUUCUGCUGGUUGACUGUGAAAGCACUAAAAAGGCAGGUGUUUCCUGGUGCACAGCCUCUAUACAGCAGCAGAAGCCCUAGACUUGCAGGUGACUUUUUUUUUCCUAGAACUAGCCCCUGCAGUACUGUAGCAUAUGCCAUAUUCCUUUUCUGCGUAUAGCAACAAUAUCUUUUAUAUUUUGCUAUCACCAAAUCCAGUCAGAUCCUGCCCAGUCAUAUUAAAUUACCUCUUUUAGGAAUGAAAAAUAAUUUAUACUAAGGAACAAUAAGUUAUUUUGGUGUUGCACAAAUUACUUUUCUACAAGAUUGCUGUGCAGAACUCUGUUAAAAUAUUUGUGAAAAGAACUGUUACUGUUUUGUAAGUCUGUAUUGCAUAAAAAUCUUCUUUGUAUGUUGUGAUCUCUAUGAGUUGAAAUUUACAUUCCAUACCUGUAUUGAUACAUACCUUUCGCUAGCUGCCUACUAGAGCAGUUCCUGUUUUUUCUAAGCAUUUAACUACUAUCUCUUUCAGUAAAGAUUUGGAAUGAGAAAAUUCAGUUUGAGUGAAGAAAUUAAAUAAAAUUACAUUUGU